GCUGAAGGACCGGAGUGGAGAGACUUCUGGCAUGGGUAUGAUUGGAGGGCCAACGAGGAGCARCGAAAGGACGGGACGGUGGGAAUGCAGACAGGAUCAGAUGGUGUAGUUCACAUGAUCCUGGGUGUGGCCACAGGGUCAGAGGGUGUAACCAGCGGGUCAGAGAGGAGUGUGGUCCUGGGUCUAACAGUGAGUGUUAGCAGAGGGAGUUCUCUGGAGAUGGAUCCCGGUCUCCUGGAGGACUCACUCCUGACUGAGCAGCAGAAGCUACGCCAUGUGUUGGACUGGGCUAAGAAUUUCCUCGGGACCAGUCAGGAUGGGCACAAUCUCAGCAGAACCUCCCCUUCCUCCCCGCGUUUKUACUCUACUUCAGCUGCGCCUCGACUCGAGGUCGAUGGAAGAGCUGCUGUCUGCCCCCUUGGAACCUUUCACAAUCUUGUCAGAAGCAGAAGCGUGAGAGAAAAUAUGGUAGGCCAAUCAGAGCCUCUGACCAGGCUUCCAUACACCACCCCACUGCCCUGCCACACUCUCUCCCACACCUCAGGUGGCCGUGAGUUUUCUGGGCCUGAGUUUAAAGAGAACCCUGGACAUAAGGAGCUGGUCCUGUCCUCUGGGCCACAAGAGGAUAACAAUGACCAACCACGUUUCCUUGGUCUAGACAACCSUCAGGCAGACCAGACUACCCACAAACCAAUAGCUCCUCAACCUGAGGGGAGAGAUGGUGUUUCCAUCAGUGAGAGCCUAAGAGACAGAGACAGUACCGUUACAACCUGUUGCUCCUCAGUGGACAGUGACACUAUCCUAUGGUUGCCUGGAUAUGGUCCUUUAUCCAGAACCCAUGACCUCAUAUCAAGGGAAGGGGGUUGUGGAGAKAGAGAAGACAGAGUUUUGGGAAUGCAGGAACACGAAGAGGAGAAGGCGGUGGCGGAGAAGGAGGACCCAAAAACAGGCCUUGAGGGAACCAGUAGUAUCAUACCUUAUGAAUCCUGUAGGGUCGCACUAGAGGGUGAACAUCUAGAUUGGGGAGCCAACGGCUGGGUGUCAGAGGGCCUGAGUGUGUAUGAGGAGUAUCUGCUGUGUGUGUCCCGUUUGGACCACCUCAGAACAGAGCAGAACCAAGCACCUGCAGAYGUCAUGACCCUACCUGCUGACCAAACGGCUGACCCUUCUGAGCAACCUCUGAGUGCUGAGCUGUUGGUUGCUAAGCAACAUGUCCAUCAGGACAUCCACAACGAGGGGAGGCGUGCACCAUUCAAGAGUUCAGAAGUGAAGAACGGUAGAGUGAUGCAGCCCAAGAGCAGCGGAGGUCAACCUGGUGUCAGGAGUCAGGCUCGUGUCAGAGGUCGCGGUCAUUCCUGGAGGUUCUGGGAAAGGUCAAGCCUCUGCUGGUCAUCCUUCACUCAUGGAGAAGUGCUGCCACGGUCCCAGCUCCCCAACAGACCCCACUCAGCAGGUGUAGUGUCUAAACGGACGUCCCCAUCUGAAAGUUCUUAUUCUGGACCCAGAACACCAGCAGCACUUCAGCUCCCCCUGGCCUGUAGGGGGCUGUGUACAGUGGCUGUCUCUCCCUGAUGAGGUAUGGUUAUCCAUACUGUCACUCCUGCCACACAGAGAUCUGUCUACAGUGGCCCAGGUCUGCCUCCACUUGCUCCGACUGGCCAAUGACCACACACUAUGGCAGGUUGUUAGUGUGGAGAACAGCUCAUCUUUAACUGACCAAUGGCUGAGCAGUGUGGGCRGGCGUAAUCCUCGAAGCCUGACUAUCUACAGGUGCAGCGGACUGUCAAUCACCCCGAGCGGACUAGAGGAGUUUUUCAAACUAAGUCAAGCCUCUCUGGAGGUGCUGAGUGUGACAAGCUGCAGUGGGCCUGGUCUCCAUGGUGACCUGGUGCUGACUCUGAGUGGUCAACACUGUGAUCACAUGACCUGUGUGGACGUCAGCUGGAGCGGAGCGACUGACACGGGCAUCAAAGCACUGACUGACACCUGCACUGGCCUGAAGACUGUUGUUCUCAAUGGUUGCCAAGUUACAGAUGAAGCCCUGAAUGCCCUCGUCAUAAGAUGCAGAGACAG